CUCUUUUUCACAUUGCGUCUCAAUCUCACUCCUCUUUUCUACUUCUCUCUCUUUUGAUGGAUUUCGACUAGCAUUCCCACCAUAAGCCCCGCCUCACUUCUCAUUCGCGCCUUCCCGAUUUUUCCUGUUUUCAAUCCUGAUCUGCAAUGGCGCUCAUGCGAGGGCUGGCCGGCGGCAGGAAUAGGGCCAGUGGAUCUCGUUUUUCUGUCGUGGCUUUCAUUCUAAUCUGCUUUCUGGCGCCCUUGAUUUUCUUCUUAGCCCGAGGGCUUCAGACUUCGGAUCAAGAAGAUAUUUCAGCUCUUCCAAGCAAGCAGGUUGUCAAAUUGAAAGAAUGGCAGACAUUGCAGGACCUCAAAUCGCUUUUCUCAAAAGAGGUUCUUGAUGCUAUUAUGGGCAGCGUAGAUGAUAUGGGGCCUUUGAGCCUCGACAAUUUCAGAAAAAACAAUUUUUCUGCUUCAUGGAGAGUUGUUGGGGCAAUGAUUUCAAAUGUUACAUCUAAGCGGGGCCAAGAAAUACCACAUGCUAGACAGGAAAUACCAAAGGCUGAGGCAGCAAAAUCUUCAGAUGAUUAUGCUCAGUGGAAUGAUAACCCUGCGCAGGUAGCUCGAAGGCAAUUGAUAGAGAAAAGGCGUGAAAAGCGUGCUGCAGAUUUGGUUAAAAAUGAUCACGAAGCUAUUGUGAAACUUGAAAAUGCUGCUAUUGAGCACUCCAAAUCAGUUGACUCAGCAGUUCUGGGUAAAUAUAACCUGUGGAGGAAAGAAAAUGAGAAUGAAAAUGCUGACACUACAGUACGGUUGAUGCGGGACCAAAUGAUCAUGGCUAUGGUAUACUCAAGUAUUGCUAAGAUGAAGAACAAGCUUGUAAUCUACCAAGAACUGCAGUUUCAGCUAAAAGAGAGUCAGCGGAGUUUAGGUGAGGCAACAUCUGAUGCUGAGCUACCUCACAGUGCACAUGAGAAAAUCAAGGGUAUGGGCCAUGUUUUGUCAAAAGCAAAGGAGCAAUUGUAUGACUGCAAGCUGGUAACUGGGAAAUUGAGGGCCAUGCUACAAACAGCUGAUGAGAAAGUUAGGGGCUUGAAAAAACAGAGUGCAUUCCUCAGUCAAACGGCUGCCAAGACCAUUCCAAAUGCCAUUCACUGCUUAUCUAUGCGGUUGACCAUCGAUUACUACCUCCUUCCUCCUGAGAAGAGAAAGUUCCCUAGGAGUGAGAAUUUGGAGAAUCCUGAUCUUUAUCAUUAUGCUUUAUUCUCAGACAAUGUCUUGGCAGCAUCUGUUGUUGUCAACUCAACUGUAAUGAAUGCCAAGGAUCCUUCAAAGCAUGUCUUUCACCUUGUCACUGAUAAACUAAAUUUUGGAGCCAUGAACAUGUGGUUUCUGUUGAAUCCUCCUGGAAAAGCUACAAUCCAUGUUGAAAAUGUGGAUGAAUUUAAGUGGCUGAACUCAUCCUACUGCCCAGUCUUGCGGCAACUUGAAUCAGCAACAAUGAAAGAGUUUUAUUUCAAGGCUGGCCAUCCAACAACGCUUUCAUCUGGUGCUUCUAAUCUGAAAUACAGGAACCCGAAGUAUCUAUCAAUGCUCAACCAUCUGAGAUUCUACCUUCCCGAAGUAUAUCCAAAAUUGGAUAGGAUCCUGUUUCUUGAUGAUGACAUUGUUGUCCAGAAGGAUUUGACUGGAUUGUGGUCCGUGGAUCUUCAUGGGAAAGUAAAUGGUGCAGUUGAAACCUGUGGUGAGAGCUUUCACCGGUUUGACAAGUAUCUUAACUUUUCAAAUCCGCACAUUGCGAGAAAUUUUGAUCCAAAUGCAUGUGGUUGGGCAUACGGCAUGAACUUUUUUGAUCUGAAAGUGUGGAAGAAAAAGGAUAUUACUGGUAUUUAUCACAAAUGGCAGAACAUGAAUGAAGGCAGGACUCUUUGGAAGCUGGGGACAUUACCUCCGGGGCUAAUCACAUUUUAUGGGCUGACUCACCCGCUAAAUAAAUCGUGGCAUGUGCUUGGUCUGGGAUAUAAUCCAAGUGUGGAUCGGAAAGAGAUACAGAAUGCAGCAGUUAUACACUACAAUGGAAAUAUGAAACCAUGGCUAGACAUUUCCAUGGCAAAAUAUCGGUCUUACUGGACCAAGUAUGUCAAAUACGACCAUCUCUAUCUUCGGAACUGUAAGUUCAGCGAACGAAGGUAACAACUGCGAUUCAAAGUUACGCCCAGAGGAAAGCUAGCCUUUUUUCAGCCCUCCUCUCUUCCUUCCCGUUGUUCGCUUCAGUGCCGUGUCCGUGAUCAAGUGUCUUAGAAGGGAUAGGGCUAGUCUUUACGUUGUUUUACACCAACAUCAUUUUCUCUCUCUGCCACAUUGAUUUUUGUUUGCAAUUCAUUUGAUUUGUUUACACCAGCCUCACCCAUUCAAAACAAGGUACAUGAAUAGGGGGUACCUUGUUGCCUAUAAAAACUUAUCAUUGUAUCAUACUCUGGAACUAUGACAGGAUUGAGCAUUAAAUCAAAUAGUAUAAAAUUUCUGCGUUCUUUGAAAA